AUGUCCUCCCUUGGGAAUCAGUGGAAAGUGAUAAGACAUUAUCUUUCAUUAACUAAUUGGAAUACAGAAAUGGAAAAACUGAUCCAAAAAUUGAAACCUUCUACACCAGAGCAGUGGGAUAGUCUGCUGAGAAAAUUUGAGAAUGCUAUAUCUACAAGAUUAAAAGAAACACAAAAGGUUGCAAGUAAAAAUGAUUUAAACGCUACUGCCAUUGAAGAGACACAAUCUGAAACAAAGGAGGUUACUAAAGAAAAUACAGAAAAAAAAGAAGAGAAGGCGGUGGAGGGGUUCUCAGAGAGCUCUCCAAUAUCAUUUGACAGCCUGAUGCGGGGGCUCAAACUUAAGAAAGACUUACAUUUUGGCAAGAUAUCCGAGCCAAGCUGGAAGAAUAAUAAACCAAUUGUGACCAAAACAUCGAUCCACUCUCGCACCGCGUACGUGAUCUCAGCGCUGCUGAGCGCGGAGAGCGCGGACGCUCUGAGGCGCCGCGCCGAGCACUUCGUCGACCACCUGCUGCAGUACCCGGAGGCUAGAGACUACGCCAUCAAGGAAGGUGCCGUGAGAGCGCUGCUGCGUGUGAGACAUCGCCUGGAGGACGACACGCCCGUCGCACAGGAGGUUCGAGGAAUUGUCAAUGAGGCGCUGGCCCUGGUGGGGUACUCGGAGUACUCGGGUCGCGGGCCCCGCAUCCUGUCGCUGGACGGGGGCGGCGUGCGGGGCCUGGCGUCGCUGUACACCCUGCGGCGGCUGCAGCUCGUGGCCGGCCUGCCCGUGCACCGGCUGUUCGACUACAUCGUGGGGGUCAGCACGGGGGCCAUCAUAGCCGCCUUGUUAGGCAGCGGCGGUACGUUGGAGAUGGCUAGCGAAAUGUAUAUGACUCUCUCCAAGCAGAUGUUCGGCAAUACAUCCGUCAUUAGCGGCGCAUCUCGCCUUGUAUGGAGUCAAUCUUACUACGAUACUUCAGCGUGGGAAAAACUGCUGCAACAAUAUCUAGGAGAUCGCACUUUGUCGCAAUGCAAUCGGAUUCACGCGCCCAAGCUGGCGCUGGUGUCGUGCGUGAGCGUGGGCGGGGCGCGCGCGCGUCCGUUCCUGUUCCGGUCCUACGAGUGCGGGUACCGGGUGCGGUCCGUGUACCCCGGGGACUACUGCGCGCCUCUAUGGAGGGCGGUGAGGGCGUCGGCCGCGGCACCCACGUACUUCCGGGAGAUGCCGAUGGCCGGCUUGUUGCACCAGGACGGCGGCAUAGUGGUGAACAACCCCACCGGCGUGGGGCUCCACGAAGCCCGCCUCAUAUUCGGCGCGGACGCCAUGACCAGGGCUACGGUGGUCAGCGUCGGGACGGGGAAGGUGUUGCCCCAACACCAACACCAACACCAACACCAACACCAACACCAACACCAACACCAACGCGACCCACAUACACGUCGUGGAAGGACAAGUUUAACAAAAUCCUCGACUCCGCUACGGAUACUGAGGGCGUGCACCAGGUAUUGCAAGACCUGUUACCGGCGGGCGCGUACUACCGGUUCAACCCCCCUCUCCUGCAGCCCUGCGCCAUGGACGAAACCGAUCCCCAGAAACUGAGGGACCUACAGACGGACGCCGCCGACUACUGCAGGCGGAACGCGCAUAAACUGCACCAAGCAGCAGCGCGUUUGACCCAACCUCCCACAUUAACGCAACGAGUCUCCAACUUCAUACGACACCGCGCCAUUCUACUCGGCGCCACUGAUCCACGCUGACAUAUAAUGCCCUCCGAGGGCCAAAAUAAUAUUAACAACGACCUAAAACCGAGCGAUAACGACACUACACCGCACCACAACAUUGUACACAACAACUGUCCCAACACUUAUAUCUCUCACAAAAUACUCGACAUCCAUCCGAAACUACGCGACAUAGAUUCAAAACUACAUCAAAUCGAAACACAACUACACCGAAACGAAACAAAACUGCACCAAAACGAAACAAAACUACACCAAAUUGAAACGAGACGACAACACGGCGUAGGUACUAAACUACGACAGAUCGAAUCCAAACCACACAGACGGAAAACUUAACGACAUCCAUUCGAAAAGAAAUAAUAUCGCAUCGAAAAAUGACGUGGACAAAAAUUUCAGAAAUGAUAUAACCAUAAACUAGUAUCGUAAUUUUAAAAUAAUUAUACACCACGGCAAACUUCUUGAGCAACGGCCAUAGACAAGGAAGCCUGUGCAGAACCAAUUUUGCGUACAAAAACGACUCCUGCGCAAGUUUAUUUGUCUGUGGUUUUGCUCAACAAGUUUGCCGCUGUCUAUAACAAUGCUGAACUAUGGAUUAUUAAUUAUAAGAAGGUUUUUUACAUAAAACUAUAAAAAUAUGUGUUACAGUUAUAUGCUAUUUAAAAAAAAAUAUAUAAGCAAUAAAAGCUACUUUAAUUAGUGUAGGCAACAUCUAAAUACCUGUCACGCCUCGUCCACUUUCAAUUUAAUCUAAUCUAAUUGUGAAUUUUACAUCACAGAUGUCGUGUUUCUUUAAAAAAAAACUAUUUUUAUGUAUAAAGAAAAGUUUACUAGAAAAAAAUCCACGCGGACCAGGCAGCGGACAGGACCUUUUUUUUUCUAGUAAACUUUUCUUUAGAUUUAAACAUCUAGCAGUUAAAUGCUUAAAAAACAAAUAAAAUCAUAUUUUUAUGUAGUUAUCAUUUGCAUUUUUGUAUAUACUAAAAUAUAAUUAGAAUUUAUUUCGUAGAAAAGCCAUUGUGAUAUUAUUUUGUUUACAAAUUCUAAGAGUUUGUUUAUAUUGAGUGAAUAAUUUAAGGCUCAAAUUUUAAGCAAUAUCGGCGAGUAAAAAUACGCCUUUAGUUGUUACCUUCGUCUCAUAGAUGUCACCGUAUGAUUGUAAAAAUCGUUUUUUGAAUCCUGUUUAGUGCGAUUAUCAAAUGUAAAGCCCACUUGCACCCAAAAUAUUUAAUCAUAAAAAGCUAAUCAUGUUUUAGUAUCACUCUACGUCUAUUUGACUUUAAACAAAUUGACAAAGAUGGAAUAAUUACGCCUUCAUUUUAAUCAAGAAUGUUGGUGCAAGUGAAAAUGUCAGUGCUUAUAAGUUUACCGUUUAGGUAUAAUAUUUAAACACACUCAGUACAGACAGCCACACAUCAAAAAACCACAACUUGUCAUUAUUUUUAAUACAUUGUGAAUCGUAUUUCGAGCAACAUAAAGCUUAAAGUAAUUUGAAUAAUUUACACAGUUUUGGGUAACUUUAUCUAAUUGCUGUCUGUAUAUGAACAUUGACGUUAUACGGUGACGUAUAAAUACUUACUGCUUGUAUUCUAGUCAAUAUCGUUAUGUAUUCAAAAUACUUAACGACUUUAGUAUGCGACUCAUCGUGGAACUUCGCACCCUUAUUAAUAAACGAAGAAUAAGUCUAAAUUGACUGCUCAAAGUUUUUUCUCUAUCCAUUGAAUGAGAAAUGUCAUUUAUGAUAUGAACAAAGUCUGGCGUAAUUAGUGUUAGGCUCGUAUUACAGAACGACAACUAAGUGUCGAUCUGUACUUAAGUACAGUUAGAAAGGGGGCGUCCAUAAAUUACGUGAGAUGUUUAAGGGGGGGGGGGGGGGGGGGGUCAAGUCAAAUCUCAUCUAAUCUUACGUUGG